AUGCAGCCCAAGGUAUCUAUCGUGGGUGCCGGGCCAGCUGGAUUCGCUCUCGCGGCGGACCUCGAAAGAAGUGGAACAAAUGUGUUGAUUUACUCUCACCCUACGCACCUACGGCAUGCCGGCUACGUGAUCAAGAAUGGCUACUUGACAGCCAGCGGUAUCAUCCAGGGCUCCGUGAGUCUGAAAGUCACAUGUGACAUGAGCGAUGUCGUCCACUUCUCCACGACUAUCAUCCUCACGGUUCCGUCCACGGGACAGGAAACGGUGCUGCAAGAAAUGAAGAAGUUCUGCCUGCGCCAGCAUUCCAUCAUUGCAAUCCCGGGAAAUCUGUUCGCGCUCAUUGCGGACGCGGAGAUGGAAGUUGGGCACAUCUUCGAAACCAACCUGUCGCCAUAUUCGUGCAGGAUGAACGAAGGAAGCUUAAUCGUGCUGGGCAAGAAGAGCCGCUUUUUCAUUGCGUCUCUGGAAAAGGACUUGUGCCCAACUGUCAAGGACAAGAUACAAGGCAUCUUUCCAAUGGAGCUUAAGUGGUGUAGCAGCGUCAUCGAAGUCUCGUUGCUGAACGUCAACGGCGUCUUUCACCCGCUCAUGAUGCUCAUGAAUGCCGGCCGCAUCGAAAGUACAUCUGGGGACUUCCUGCUGUAUCACGACGGUCUCACACGUUCUGUGGCCAACGCCAUGAUCGCCGUCGACAAAGUGCGAAUUCAGAUUGGCGAGGCAUUUGGACUUCGGCUGAAGAGCGCGAUAGAGGUGUCGAAUGAGUGCUAUGGCCACACAUUUACCGACCUCGUAGAUUUGGCACAAAAUUCGAAACCGCACAACAAAUUGAAGGCGCCAGCUGACAUAGAAAAUCGAAAUAUUUCGGAGGAUGUUCCAGACCUGCUGGUGAGCUGGCAUGACUUGGCAGAGAAGCUCGGGAUUGAUGCGUCUCCAAUCAAGGCCGUGAUUAUUCUUGCCUAUAUGGCCACUGGGGUGGACUACAUGAAGACGGGGAGGAACUUGCAGAAACUUCAUUUGGAGGAUUUCUCCAGAAAUGAACUGAUUGAAAGAUUUAGUCCCAUAUCACAUGGUUUACGGCGGUAG